AGCAUGACUGAAACCAACAGAAUAAAAACACUGUGUUAGCGUGGUGUACCACGAUAAAGAAACUGUUCUGAAUUUUGGGCACGUUCUCCGUUAUUUCUUCAGCUUGGAAAUAUUCCUGUAGUUCAGAAGAUUCAUCAUGAAGUGUUUAGUUCUAUUAGCAAUCUCUCUUGGAAUUUCAUUAGCCUGGCCAGCUGGCAAACAAGAAUUUGAUGCACUAGAAGAUCCAAGCUGGAAGGUGUGGAAAUCAUUCCACAAUAAAGAGUAUGAAAAUGUUGAUGAAGAGAGAAUACGCAACUUCAUCUGGCAAGAUAACUUGAAGAGGAUUGUCUCUCACAACCAGGCUCACAAAUACAAACUAGCUAUGAAUCACCUUGGAGACUUGACAUCUCGUGAAGUAAAGGAAUUGUUGAAUGGUUUCAAGAUGAGGAAGAGUUCAACAGGCUCUAAAGAAAAGUCUCCCACAUUUCUGGCACCAUCAAAUUUGAAGGUUCCUGACUCUGUUGACUGGAGAAAGGAGGGUUAUGUUACACCUGUUAAAAACCAAGGGCAUUGUGGAUCUUGCUGGGCAUUCAGCACAACUGGAGCUCUGGAAGGACAGCACUUUAGGAAGACUGGAAAACUUGUCUCUCUCAGUGAACAGAAUCUGGUUGAUUGUUCAUCAGCAUUUGGUAACAAUGGUUGUCAUGGUGGUUUGAUGGACAACGCUUUUAAGUACAUCAAAAGCAAUGAUGGAGUUGACACAGAAACUUCCUACCCUUAUCAAGCACAGGUCGGCACUUGUCACUUUAACGUUUCUGAUGUUGGUGCAACAGACACUGGUUAUAUGGAUAUCACAUCUGGUGAUGAAUCUGCCCUACAGGCUGCUUCAGCAUCAGUUGGUCCCAUCUCAGUAGCAAUUGAUGCCAGCCAUAGCUCGUUUCAUUUUUAUCACUCAGGGGUUUAUGAUGACCCUUCUUGUAGUAGCACUGAACUUGAUCAUGGUGUCCUUGUGGUGGGAUAUGGAAAUGAGGAUGGACAGGACUACUGGCUGGUUAAGAACAGUUGGGGGACAGCGUGGGGAGAGGAGGGCUUCAUCAAAAUUGCUCGAAACCAGAACAACAAAUGUGGAGUUGCAACCGCAGCAAGCUACCCCUUGGUUUAGGAUGAGCUGCUGAUGAUGGUGUGAUAGGAAAUGCAGCAAAUUUAGGCUAUUAAAAGAAAUUUAAUGCUUUAUAAUUACUGUAAAUUAAUUUGGUUUUCAUAUUUGUAAGAUAAUCAGAGCAAAAUUCUCACCAAAUUUAAAAAAUUUCUCUUAUUGUUGAUAUAUAUUUUUUAUGACUGGUAUCUUGAUAAUAGAUUUCUGGCACAUUUUCUCUUGGACCAAAUGAAUUGUAUUUUUGGAAGUCUACAAGAUUGGUAUCGACCUGCUAUAUAUGUCAGUGGGACUAAUAUUUCCAAUUCAAGCUGAUAAGCACUAUUUAAGAGAUAUUUAAUAUAUUUCAAUGAGAAAGGAAUGUUUCUAUUUCUUAUGGUAGUUACAUACUGGAUUUGUCUUUCAACUUUUUUCCUUAUUUAACUUUCCUCCAACUAGGAAAUAAGAGACAAACAAUCUUUUUUUUCUGAAAUUUAUGCAUUUGUUGCCCCUUUUUCCCUUAGGAUUGACUUGCAUCUAAUUUUUCCUCUCAAUAUCACCCCUAAGUCAAAUAUUCAAGUCACAGAUCACUAAUUAGAGAAACUCUUGAUUGCUAAACACAUUCUCUUUGUCAGCACUUAAAGAAAUAAAUAGAGAACUGUGUGGAGAAUACACACACUGAUAUAAGGCUGUAAAGGGUUAACAUUUUGAUGAUCUUAUGUUUAAGUUAAAGGAAGUUUCCUUGUAUACCAGCUUUGUCUGUACUGAUUAUGUAGCAAAAAUAAAAGAUGUUGAACACUUCUUCAAUACAAUUUAGAGGUUUAGCUUCGCUGUAAGCAUUUCAUUGCAUUAUCAUUUCAUUGCUUAACCCUUUCAUUCCCAAGAUCUCAUCAGUAAUUCUCCUUACAGACUUCUGUAUCAUUCUUAUGAUUUUAGUUCUGAGAAUUUGUUGCUGGAUCAACUGAUAAUCCCCUAAUUGAUAUUUCUCUUUAUUCUCAUCACUUGUCUGACUGAAAUUGCAUGGAUGUUGUAGGGAGAAAUUCUGUCUUGGUCACUCACAGGAGUUAAAGGGUUAAGCGUUGAUACAGAUUUUAUAUGGUUGAGAUUUUAACAGGCAAAGAUAGAAAUAAACAAAUAAAAUUUGAUCCACUGAUCAUUUCUCAA